AUGUCUUCGUUACGCGAGACGUUGAGCGCUGCGGAUGCAUUUCUCUUCAAAGAUGAGGCGAUGACGCCAAUAUUUUGCAAACCGAAACUUUUACCGCUAAAAACAAUCACAACUCAAAAACUGGACGCAAUGCAGAAAGAAGCGAAAGCUCGUGCAAAAGCCGCCGAGGCGCCACCGGAACCAGUACCAUUGGGAGAAACAAAAACGGAUAUAUGGACUGCAGACGACGAUUGA